AUGUACAAUAUUUGGAGAUAUGAUGCUUGGCUUCGUUACCCAUCAGUGCCUCAAAGUAAACGGCAUCUUUACGCUAACCUACCCGACACAGUGGUCACACUUUCCGAUAGUCCAGUGAUCACAUCGAGUGUCGAAGAGUUGACUCGUGGUUUGAAUGGUUUAUUAGCCGUACAAUUGAAACAUAAGACUAAUAUUACCGGCGAUAGCUCUAUAAUAUUGACGACUACUAAUGAGACUAACAAACAUGUAAUACCAGUUUCCAGUGGUCUACUAUUGGAUGGUUAUCAUCUACAUGAGCUUACAAUUAAUAAGACAAGACAUUUAGUGAUUACCAGUCCAUCAGAUGCUGGUGUACUGUACGGAACGUUUGCUUUGCUUCGUAGGAUAUCUUUACACCGACCUAUAGAUGGCUUAAAUGAGACCCAAAACCCUGAUUCCCGGUUGAGAUACACCAAUGAAUGGGACAAUUUGGACGGUACUAUUGAGAGGGGAUUUGCCGGUAAAUCCAUAUUUUUUGCUAACGAUAACGUAGUGGCCAACUUAAGCCGAGCUGAGACCUACGCUAGACUAUUGGCUUCUGUAGGGAUAAACGGGUGUGCCGUUAAUAAUGUUAAUCCCAGCAUAAGGAUGAUUAAAAGCGAAUUUAUGCCACAAUUGCAACGUUUGGCACAAGUAUUCAAUAGAUGGGCAAUUAAAGUAUUGAUAUCUAUUGAUUUUUCCAGUCCCAAAAGCGUCGGCGGCCUCGACACCUAUGAUCCAUUGGAUAGUCGUGUUAAAAAAUUUUGGUCCACUAAAACCAGUGAAAUAGCCAGCCAUGUGCCUAAUUUGGGCGGAUAUGUAUUAAAAGCCGAUGCUGAGGGACGGGCUGGUCCUGCAAGAUAUAAUAGGACUAUAGCACAGGCAGCAAAUACAUUAGCAAAUGCAUUAAAACCACAUAACGGUAUACUAUGCUAUAGAGGUUUUGUAUACAAGUAUCCAUUGAAUUGGACUGACCUAACUGUGGACAGGGCUAAGGCAGCGUAUGAAAACUUUGCUAAAUUUGAUGGACAGUUCGAUGACAAUGUUAUCAUUCAAAUUAAAUUUGGGCCGUUAGAUUUUCAGAUACGUGAAGCCGUAAGUCCAUUAUUAGGUGCACUCAAAAAGACCAAUAUUAUGCUGGAAGUGGAGGUCACACAGGAAUAUACAGGACAACAAAGACAUACCGUAUAUUUGGCACCACUUUGGAAAUGGGUGCUCGACUUUGAUCUUCGUGUGGAUAAUAAAACAUCACCCGUUAAAGAGCUCUCAUCUGGAAAUCUCUUUAAAAGACCGUAUGGAGGACUUGUCGGUGUUGUAAAUGUAGGCCUGUCCACUACAUGGAUGGGCAAUCAUUUAUCAAUGGCCAAUGUUUAUGCUUUAGGACGGUUAGGUUGGGAUUCAAACUUGACUGAUGCGAUAAUUGCUGACGAGUGGACACGACUUACAUUUGGACACAACAAAAAAGUAGUGGAUGUUGUUAUGGACAUACAAUUGAAAUCACACGAAGCUUUUGAAAACUAUUCCGGACCUCUGGGUGCCGGCAGUAUGACUGAGAUCCAUACUAGUAAGUAUGGACCCCAUGUAAUGGCUUCGGAAAACGAUGGAUUUGGACAAUGGCAUAGACCGGAUCAGUAUGGUAUCGGUAUUGACCGCACUGUUGCCGGACUUAAAGGCAAAUAUGGCACCGGUUUUAUUGGACAGUAUAACUAUGAAGUGUCAAAAAUGUAUGAAAAUCUAAACACCUGUCCCGAUAAUCUAGUAUUAUUUAUGCAUCAUAUCAAUUAUACACAUAUUUUACAUUCAGGCAAAACAGUUAUACAAUACUUUUAUGACAGUCAUUAUGCCGGAGCCGAAACAGUACAACAGUUUCAUAAAAAUUGGGUACAACUUAAAGGACUUAUUGAUGAACAAAGAUAUCAAGAUAUUGAACACCAAUUGUUUUAUCAAAGCGGACACUCAAUUGUUUGGAGAGACUCUAUAUGUCAGUGGUUUAAAAACACUUCAAAUAUUAAUGAUAUACACAAUAGAGUCGGUCAUUACAGCGGACGUAUUGAAGCCGAAAGUAUGCAAUUGAUUGGUUAUACACACCGUAAAGUUGAUCCCUGGGAAACAGCAUCACAAGGGUUGGCGGUUGAGUGCAAAAUAACUAAUAAACAAUGUAGUGCUCAAACUAAAUGGACUGGUCAUACCGGUGCUUAUGAGAUAACAGUACAAUAUUAUGAUGAAAGUGAUGGUAUAUCUCAAUUUAGUCUUUAUAUCGGCGACACUCUUAUAAAACAAUGGUUAGCUAAUGACACUCUGCCCGCUAAUAAGCCAUCUGGUGAUACAAGUACUAGGAUUACGGUAUCUAAUGUUCACAUUAAAACUGGAGAUCAUAUUAUUGUUAAGGGAAGUCCAGAUAAAGGAGAAAACGCUAUUCGGGCCAUCAUUUAUUAUCAAUUGAAGACUAAAGAGUUGGAAGUGAUUGAAGCGCAUCAACACAGUGAGUCACUUGAAAACAACCCUAUUGAGGAACGGCCUGUUUCGGAGAAUAAAAAUGCAGCGAUUGUCGAAGACAUAAUAAGAGCUGAUCCAAGUAAAAAGUACAAAUCAGGCAUUCGGGGCAAAAUAUAA